UGCCGCCAUAUUGGUAAAGGCAUUAGGACGAAGAUGGAACGGAACUUCCUGUUCUCGCGGGAGCUGAAGGCGGGACUGCCACGUCCGAGCAAACCGGGAAAGGAGAGGAUCCCGGAGCUGGUGAGAAUUCUCUGUUUUUCUCUACCAUCCUUUCCAGGCCUUUUCCUUACCUAAUGAGUCAUAGAGACGAGGGCCCAGAGAGUCUGUAAAGUGGCUGGUGAAAGACUAGUGUCCCAGGGCCCUACAUCCGGGAGGGGGUUCGGGAUAAAGAGAACUAGUCUUGGGAACAAUGUAGGUGGGAACUUAAGGGAAUGGGAGAGCGGCCCAUAGAGGUGGACAGAGGGCGCUAUUGGAGUAAAGCUGACCCUGUGUAGGUAUAGAGUUGAGUCAAGUGGAGUCACUGUCUCUGUCCCUCUGGUCAGCGUGAUGGCCAGAGGCCUGGGGGCCCCCCACUGGGUGGCCGUGGGACUGCUGACCUGGGCGGCCUUGGGGCUUCUGGUGGCUGGACUCGCGGGUCAUGACGACCUGCACGACGAUCUGCAAGAGGACUUCCAUGGCCACAGUCACAGGCACUCACAUGAAGAUUUCCACCAUGGACACAGCCAUGCCCAUGGCCAUGGCCACACUCACGAGAGCAUCUGGCAUGGACAUACCCACGGUCACGACCAUGGACAUUCACAUGAGGAUUUACACCAUGGCCAUAGCCAUGGCCACUCCCAUGAGAGCCUCUACCACAGAGGACAUGGACAUGACCAUGAGCAUAGCCAUGGAGGCUAUGGGGAGUCUGGGGCUCCAGGCGUCAAGCAGGACCUGGAUGCUGUCACUCUCUGGGCUUAUGCACUGGGGGCCACAGUGCUGAUCUCAGCAGCUCCAUUUUUUGUCCUCUUCCUUAUCCCCGUGGAGUCAAACUCUCCCCGGCAUCGCUCUCUACUUCAGAUCUUGCUCAGUUUUGCCUCCGGUGGGCUCCUGGGAGAUGCCUUCCUGCACCUCAUUCCUCAUGCUCUUGAACCUCAUUCUCACCACACUCUGGAGCAACACGGACAUGGACACUCCCACAGUGGCCAGGGCCCCAUUCUGUCUGUGGGACUGUGGGUUCUCAGUGGAAUUGUUGCCUUUCUUGUUGUGGAGAAAUUUGUGAGACAUGUGAAAGGAGGACAUGGUCACAGUCAUGGACAUGGACACGCUCACAGUCACACACAUGGAAGUCAUGGACAUGGAAGACAAGAGCAUUCUACCAAGGAGAAGCAGAGCUCAGAAGAAGAAGAAAAGGAAACAGGGAGGGUUCAGAAGAGGCGAGGAGGGAGCACGGUACCCAAAGAUGGGCCAGUGAGACCUCAGAACGCUGAAGAAGAAAAAAGAGGCUUAGACCUGCGUGUGUCGGGGUACCUGAAUCUGGCUGCUGACUUGGCACACAACUUCACUGAUGGUCUGGCCAUUGGGGCGUCCUUUCGAGGGGGUCGGGGGCUAGGUAUCCUGACCACAAUGACUGUCCUGCUACAUGAAGUGCCCCAUGAGGUCGGAGACUUUGCCAUCUUGGUCCAGUCUGGCUGCAGCAAAAAGCAGGCAAUGCGUCUGCAGCUACUGACAGCAGUAGGGGCACUGGCAGGCACAGCCUGUGCCCUUCUCACUGAAGGAGGAGCAGUGGGCAGUGAAGUUGCAGGUGGUGCAGGUCCUGGCUGGGUCCUGCCAUUUACUGCAGGUGGCUUUAUCUACGUAGCAACAGUGUCUGUGUUGCCCGAGCUGCUGAGGGAGGCAUCACCAUUGCAGUCACUUCUGGAGGUGCUGGGGCUGUUGGGGGGAGUUGUCAUGAUGGUGCUGAUUGCCCAUCUCGAGUGAGGCGUGGGAUAAACUACCCCUGCCCCAAACUUCUACCCCUAACUCCAGGUCAGUGGUGUGUAGAGGUUGGGGGCCCUGGCCAGGGACAUCUGCCAAAGGAAGGAACUGUAGACUGGGAGAAUGGUUACUUUGGCAUUAGGGCCUUCAAGGGCUGGCAGUCUUAGAGGCUGGAGCGGUGAAAAUGAGAGGCCAGAGGGAUCAUAGUGUUGGGCACCCCUUGACCAUGUUGCGUUUGGAAGGCUAAAUGGGGCCAUGAAGAAGGUUGGAAGGGAGAGGGGGUGAUGGCAGCUUACCUGGUGUCCCCUACCCCACCUGUUCUCGGAGAACCAAGUUGCUAUACAGAAAGUUCUCCAAGGUCCAGUUCCCUUUCUCCCACCAGUCGGUGGAGGCUUCAGAGAAGACCAGAGUACUGGGCAGAGAGGGUAACAGGAGGAGUCGGGGAUAAACAUCAAUCAUGUGUCCUAAUUUGGGAGUGAUUCCGGCGGAUGGGGGUGGGAGAGGGUUAGUUGGUAAUCUCAUGGCCUGAUUUUUUUUGUUUCUAUUUCUUUUAUAUCACUGUUUGACUGGAGGGGGACGGGUGGCAACCGGAAAUAAAGUCCUCCGAUAUUCCGCCCCA